UUUUUCUUUGGAGUCUAUUCUCGUCACAGCCCCUCGCGGUUUCAUCUCAAAUCCCAUUUGCUAUUGUACCUGCCCAAUAGCAGAGACCGAGCGCGUUUUAACUCGGAUGGCAUUUAUUAUUCCAUCAUUACAAUCCGGCGCAAGUUUGACGCAGUGAGCUCUCAGUCUGAUCAGGAGGCAUCUGGCCACUUUUCCCUUCUCCUUUUUCUCUCGCAUAGUUUUAACUCAGACAGUAAGAUCAUCUUUUUCAAGUGUUUUUUGUCCUCUUGAUAAGUUUUGAUGGUGAUCCACAUCGGACAGUGAACGGUGAUGGCAGACUCUGAUGCGCAAGAGACUCGCCAACCCGCAAAGGACUCGCCGUUCUCCAUCAAGAACCUGCUGAACAUCGAAGACAAACCCACGAAGCCGAAAACGUUCCUCGGCUCAUCCAAAGGAGUGUUUGAGGGCAGCUUCUUCUCUCGGCUCGGUGACUUGUCUUUCCCUCGGUUUGAGUUGCCCACACAGAGAAUUGGACUAUCGGCGCAGUAUUUGGAGAGAGCGUCUACCUGGUGGUACCCAUACACACUCGGGACUCAUCUGAGGACUGGAGGGUCUGAGAAGGCCAACCUAAGGGAAGCAUCACCGACUCCGGACAGGCGCUCCCCAGAUCUCCCAAAAAGUGACCAAGAUGCCAAAGAGGAAAGCGCCGACGACGACAUCGCGCUGGAUGACAGUGACUCUGAGGAGCCAAAGAAAGAAAUAGACCAGGAGGACGACUGGAGGCGGAAAACGGACGAGCUGGACUCCGAGAGGAAGCCGUGUCGGAAGAAGAAGACGCGCACGGUGUUUUCCAGGAGUCAGGUCUUCCAGCUGGAGUCCACCUUCGACAUCAAGCGCUACCUGAGCAGCUCGGAGCGGGCAGGCCUGGCCGCGUCCCUGCACCUGACGGAGACGCAGGUGAAGAUCUGGUUUCAGAACCGGAGGAAUAAGUGGAAACGGCAGCUGGCCGCGGAGCUGGAGGCGGCCAACCUAAGCCACGCGGCGGCGCAGAGGAUUGUGCGGGUUCCGAUACUUUACCACGAGAACGGAGCCCCGGAAACGGCCGGGGGCCCCGCUGCAAACUCACCGGGCAGCCAGUCGCUCCUGGCUUUCCCCCAUCACAUGUACUAUUCCCACCCGGUCCCACUGCUGAGGCCUGUUUAACACUGACUGUGGCAUGACGCGCUGUACAUAUGUUUUUAAAUGAGAGUGACCAACAUUGGAAAAAAAUAAAUUUUGUAUAUUUUGUAGAGUCACAAUGUUAUUAUUAUUAUUAUUAUUAUUAUUAUUAUUAUUAUAUGUAACCAUCGUUCAUCCUGCUGAAGCGCAAGUCUCUACGGCUCCAAUCUAAAAUUAUUAUUAUUACUGGUGAAAUUGUUCAAUGCUCAAAAGUAGGUGGAUAUAUUUUAAUGUAUUCAAUUUGAGGGGAAAAAAAUGUUUUGAACAGGGUUGACUGUCCAUAUGUAUUUUACAGAGAUUUGUGUCAGUGUUUGUAGCAGAACAUGUGGAAUUUAAUAUUUUGAUAUUUUCCAAUAUUGUGCAAUACUGUGGCUUCACAUUAGGCUGCCAGCCUCCGUCACCUAGGCUGUAGUUCAUUUUUACAGACAAAAAAAGAUCAUUUUUUUCUCUUUGUAAUAGUGAGGACAAUCAUGUGAUCCUUAAAAAAAUAAAUCCCCGACAAACUGCAGGUGAUAGGCAAGUGUUUUUAUGACGCAAUGUUUUGCCGGUAAUUUAAAAGCCAUGCAAGAGCCAAAAAUAGCCUCUGUUUUUGUGUAUGUUUUUUCUCUGAUAUUGUUAUUGAAAUGCUGUAUAUUAUAUGGUCUCACACUCAGUAAAGAUUUCGUUCCAAAAAGAAGUGUAUCCUUCAUAUAACUGUGAUGUACAUGGGAAAUUAAGCUGUCGUGUUUUAAAGAUCUCGGUUUUCAAACACUUGUUUCCGAUUAUGAGGGUCUGCAGGGAUAAGCGUGCCCUCCAAAAUAAAAUACUAAAAUUGGAUAAUUUCAAUCGUUAGAUUAUGGUGGGUGUCUUUUUUUAAAUCUCGUGAUCUGGGAAAGUAUUAUUCUGGAAUUGUUGCAUUUUCAGACACAGACUAUUUUAACUACUUCCAAUUUAAUCUCCUGCUAAAGGCCUUUUGUUUUUGCUGCAUAAAUAACCAAUAACUGUGCAGAUAACAAUAGGCGAGCCUAUAUAUUCCAUGGUCACAAUUAAAAGGCAAAAUCAAGGGAUUAAAUAGUCCUUAAAUUUUCACAUAGGCGUAGAUUUUUCAGAGGGAGACAGGGGACAUUUUUGCGUUUAGAACAUGUACAUUUGUUCCCCCCAGUAAAAACAUUCAACUUUAGAGGACUUCUACUUCGACAAAAUUAAAGACAAUAUAAAUUGGUGCAGAAAAGGCUCAAAUUGGUGCAUUACAAUUUACCGAAAUGCAGGAAAUUAGGUAUUUGAUGUUCAAAAUAUUCUGGCAGAGGACCCUCAUACCUCCCCAUUUCAUAUGUGUCCUCCCAAAUGUUGAAAAGAAAUCUACAC